CGAUUAUUUUUUAUGCUAGAACAGAAGGUUGAUUAAGUUUCAUUACUAUUCUCAAUUUUCUGAAAUUUCCUUUAAAUUUUAUUUCAAAUGGAAGGUUUUGAUCAAGGUGGAGUAUUUUUUAGUGAUAAUUUAGGGGAGUUUAAUACUGGAACCGAAGGUCAAGUGAAUUUACAAGAAGUUAAGAGAAAGUUCAAAGAUUUUAUUCGUCAGUUUAAUGAAGAUAAUUUCAACUACAAAUACAGAGAUGCAUUAAAACGAAAUUACAAUUUGCGUCAAUAUUAUCUUGAAGUUAAUCUAGAAGAUUUGGCUAGUUAUGAUGAAAGUUUGGCUGAUAAAGUAUACAAACAACCUAGUGAACAUGUUCCCAUAUUUGAAGAAGCUGCCCGUGAUGUUGCUGACGAAAUUACUUCACCACGACCAGAGGGCGAAGAACAAAUUGAAGAUAUACAAAUUAUGCUUACAUCUGAUGCAAAUCCAGCAGGACUACGUGAUAUGAAAUCAGAAGUUGUAUCACGAUUAGUUAAGAUACCUGGAAUUAUUGUAAGUGCAUCGGGAGUUCGAGCUAAGGCUACCAAAAUUGCAAUUCAGUGUCGAUCUUGUAGUAAUGUCAUUCCUAAUUUACCAAUCAAGCCGGGCUUAGAAGGAUACGCAAUGCCACGAAAAUGUAAUACGGAACAAGCUGGUAGACCAAAAUGUCCAUUGGAUCCAUAUUUUAUUUUACCAGAUAAAUGCCAUUGUGUUGAUUUUCAAACGUUAAAAUUGCAAGAGUUACCAGAUUCAAUUCCUCAGGGUGAAAUACCGAGACAUAUUCCACUUUAUGCGGACAGAUAUUUGUGCGAACAAGUGGUUCCUGGAAAUAGAGUGUUAAUUCUUGGUAUUUAUUCUAUUAAGAAAUUAGGGCGAGCUUCAAAGCAAGAAGGAAAAGAAAAAAAUAUUACUGGAGUGCGUUCAUCAUAUGUACGAGUUUUAGGAUUAAAACUUCUUGGAGAAAAUUUAGCUGCCGGUCGUACUGGUGGUAUAAUAUCUGCCACAGAAGAAGAACAAUUCCGUAGACUUGCAGCAUCACCAAAUUUAUAUGAUCGUAUCGCCCAAAGUAUUGCACCAAGUAUAUACGGGGCUCUUGAUAUUAAAAAAUCAAUUGCUUGUUUAUUAUUUGGAGGAUCCAGAAAAAGAAUGCCUGAUGGAUUAGCUCGACGUGGUGAUAUAAAUGUCUUAUUACUUGGUGAUCCAGGUACAGCUAAAUCUCAGCUGUUAAAAUUCGUUGAACGUGUAUCGCCCAUUGGUGUUUAUACUAGUGGUAAAGGUAGUUCUGCUGCUGGUCUAACUGCAUCUGUUAUGCGUGAUCCUGCUACGCGAAAUUUCGUCAUGGAAGGUGGAGCAAUGGUAUUGGCAGAUGGUGGCGUUGUUUGUAUUGAUGAAUUUGAUAAAAUGCGUGAGGAUGAUCGUGUUGCUAUUCAUGAAGCCAUGGAACAACAAACUAUAUCAAUUGCCAAAGCUGGAAUUACUACAACAUUAAAUUCACGUUGUUCUGUGCUAGCAGCAGCUAACAGUGUUUUUGGUCGAUGGGACGAUACAAAAGGAGAAGAAAAUAUCGAUUUUAUGCCAACAAUUUUAUCACGUUUUGAUAUGAUUUUUAUUGUUAAAGAUGAACAUAAUGAAGCACGUGAUGUGACUUUAGCCAAACACAUUAUGAACGUACAUAUGAGUGCCGGACAAACAACCGAGGAACCUAAAGAAGGUGAAAUUCCAUUGGAAAUGCUUAAAAAAUACAUCAAUUACUGUCGAACGCAUUGUGGACCACGUUUAAGUGCAGAGGCUGGUGAAAAAUUAAAAAGUCGUUAUGUAUUAAUGCGUUCAGGUACUUUACAACAUGAAAAAGAGACAGAGAAGCGCAUAGCUAUUCCCAUUACUGUACGUCAAUUAGAAGCUGUAAUUCGUAUUUCCGAAAGUCUUGCAAAAAUGAGAUUGCAACCAUUUGCUACUGAAACUCAUGUGAAUGAAGCAUUACGUUUGUUUCAAGUUUCAACAUUAGAUGCGGCAAUGACAGGCUCACUUGCUGGCGCUGAAGGUUUUACUACGGAAGAAGAUCAAGAGAUAUUAUCUCGAAUUGAAAAACAAUUAAAACGAAGAUUUGCUAUUGGCACACAAGUAUCAGAACAAAAUAUUAUUCAAGAUUUUCUACGACAACAAUAUCCUGAGCGUUCCAUUAUUAAAGUGAUUCAAACAAUGAUUCGAAGAGGCCAAUUACAACAUCGCCUUCAAAGAAAAAUGCUUUACAGAAUCAGUUAAAUUUUGCAAGUUUUUUUUAAUUUUAUACUAUUUUUGUAAUAUUCUUUUUAAGUUAAAAUAAACCCAUUUUCUCUAUGUUUUACAAAA